GGGGUGGGCGCCGGGCGGGCGGGCGAGGGGCCGACGGCCGGUACGAAGUUCGGGGCGGGAGGGGUGCGUGUUGACCGCGCCAAGAUAAAGGGGGAAGAAAAACUCCCGGGAGGAAGAUCCCCUAGCCCGCCGUUCUCCGGUAAUUCAGCAUGAAGUUUCCGGCGCGGGCCAUCAACGUUUCCGCUCAGACCCGGAGGCUCGACAUCGACAAUCGUAUAUCCCUUCGUUACUACUACCGCAUCGCCGAUAGCCUUCUCCGACAGGCUGAUAUAUAUCGGGAAGAAAAGAAUAUCAUUGACCUUUAUGUGAUUCUUCUCAGAUAUUCAAGUCUGGUUUCUGAGACUAUACCAUGUCAUCGGGAUUACAAGGUGCUCCUUUCAAUAGAAAAAAAUACUUUUAAAAAGAAGCUAGUCGAUGCAAUAAGGGAGCUAGAGACAUUGAAACCCCAUGUCCAGCGUGAAAUUGAUGAAUUGAAUCGGCAGCAUCUUGCUGAACUUGAUGUGCAGGAUAAGAUGGCAUGCACUUCAUUUGAUUCUUCUUAUGAAUGGCCUCCAACUAGGAACCAAGCAUCCAACUCAUGGCCUGGGAAAAGACAAAUGGUCGUGACUAUUUCAGAAACUGGUGCACCUCAGGCUUCAAGGAAAUAUAGCAAUGGGCUUGUGCAAGAAGAUUUGAACAGAGCACUUCAUAGACAAAACUACAAACUCUUCCCCCGUCCAAAGGAGGAAACAUUGUCUAGGCAUUCCAUUUUGGGACCAAAUGGUCUUCGUGGUCAAUGGCAGCCGCCUGUGACUGGUACAAGGGUUCAGUAUCCUGAUAACAUGGACCUGGCUCCAGUUGAAAUCCCAAGUAUAAACCAUGUUGGGCAAGAGGGCGCUGUAACUGAAAAAUGUGGUGAUUCAGAAGUGGGUAUGUCUGCCAUGGAUUCAGUUCUCUCUCUUGAUGAUGGACGAUGGUCACUACCUGAGGAGAAGCUCCUGCAGACAGUUCCUAGUGACACAGGCAUAAGCUCUACCGAGCCCAUUGUUAUUAGGCAGCCCACUCCUCCUCCUGUUCUGGCUCAAGUAGAGGUGUUUAAUCCAAUCCCACCUUCAGAAGUUGCUGAUCCAACUCCUGGACCUGCAUUAUCUUCAUGUGAUGGCCCUGAUCGUUCUAAAACUUUGUUGCGGCUGCACUUACCAGUGAAGAUCAUGGAGGACUUCAUGAGGUUGGCACAAAAAAAUACAAAGAGGAAUUUAGAAACUUGUGGUAUUCUUGCUGGUUCAUUAAAAAAUAGAAAAUUCUCUAUUACUACAUUGAUAAUCCCAAAACAAGAGUCAACAUCUGAUACAUGUCAGACAACCAAUGAAGAAGAAAUUUUUGAUGUGCAAGAUCAGCGUUCUCUUUUCCCUCUUGGAUGGAUUCAUACACAUCCAACUCAGUCGUGUUUCAUGUCCUCGGUGGAUGUUCAUACUCAUUAUUCUUACCAGAUUAUGCUACCUGAGGCGAUUGCUAUAGUUAUGGCACCUACUGAUGUCUCCAGAAAGCAUGGCAUAUUUCACCUGUCAGACCCUGGUGGUAUUACGGUGAUACGGCAGUGCCGAGAGCGUGGUUUCCAUUCACACGUCGCUCCUUCAGACGGGAGCUCGAUAUAUGAACAUUGUUCUCAUGUUUACAUGGACCCAAAAUUAGAUUUUGAUGUUGUUGAUCUAAGAUAAUCCUGUAAAUAAUUCUUCUAUGGAAUGAUUUUUCAGAUACAUGUUAAACCAAAUUGGCUUGUAAAAAUAUCAACUGUUAUCGGCAUAUGGUGAUGGGAAUAAAUAUUCGUCAUCGAUUCUUUAA